AUGAACCCUCCAUAAACUUCUCCCAUGUUCAUGCAGGUGUCAACUCAGUACCCUUGUCAACAUUCUAGGUGCCUGCGUAUCUCGCAGAGGCUUGUUUGACCUCAAAGUCAGCCGCUGAACCACCUCGAUUGCCAUUCCAACAGAACCCUUGACUCCUUCUUCCUUCCUUUACUCUCAUGAAUCACUCGUCAUGAUGGAUCAUCACAACCUCCGGCGAAAAGAUACCACAAAGGGUCCGCCGCUCCGCGUCCUUUCUCUGGGUACGUUGAAGCCGCAGAAACCACACUUCCAGCCACAGACACACUGACGCAGGCUACUGCUACAGAUGGUGGCGGCGUCCGCGGCUACUCCAUGCUCGUCAUCCUACAAGAGCUCAUGCACCGAGUCUACGUCGAAUCUGAAGGCAAACCUCCAAGCCGAGAGGCGACCCCGAAACCAUGCGAUUAUUUCGACCUCAUUGUCGGCACGGGAACAGGUGGUCUUAUUGCCAUCAUGUUGGGCCGACUGCGCCUUGACCUCGAGACCUGCAUGAAUGUCUACGUGAGAAUGACGAAGAGGGUGUUCGAGACGGACAAGACCAUUGCCGGCAUCCCAUACAAGCACACCCUGUUCAAAGCGUCGAAGCUCGAAGAGGCCAUUCGAGAAUGCGUCCGAGAUCAUACCGUGUUCGAAGAUGAAGGGAAUGAUGGCACGUCUACGGGAGGCAGAGAGUUCGGCGACCUGAGCAGUCCUGCCAGUACGGCUAGUGCAGCUCCUGUGAGACGGUCCAUGAGUAUAAGGAGUAGCAAUUCAAUCUCGAUGAACGGUCCGUCAGUAAUGAGGAACUCGAUCGUCUCACCGACUUUUUCUGGCUGGGGAAAUCCGAACGCGAGUCUGUAUGAUGGGCGGGAGAAUAGGACGAAAACUGCUGUCACUGCUAUCUACCAGGGCACUCCGAAGAAUGGCUCGUCGGCCUUAUUGCGGUCGUACGAUUCGAGAAAAGAACCACCUCCUGAAUUCAACUGUACGAUCUGGCAAGCCGGCAGAGCCACGUGCGCUACAGGAUUGGCUUUCAAACCCAUUCAGAUCGGUCAGACUGUCUUCAUCGACGAAGGGGCCGGAAACUACAACCCCGCCAUCACGGCGCUGGAGGAGACUAUUAGUGAAUGGCCCGCGCGGGACAUUGGUGUCUUUGUCAGCGUCGGUACCGGUAAACGUCCUGAAGGGAGUGGCGUCCCCGAGCACGAAUGGUGGGAAGAGUUCUUGGGCGGCAGCAUGGGCAUGUUCGCCGAAGCCCGAAGGCGGCUCAUUUCCAAAAUCGAGGCCUGCGAAGCCACUCAUCAACAGAUGCUCAAGACCGAGCUUGCGAAACGCGGAGUACCACAGGAGGUCUAUUACAGGUUCAAUGCCACGAGUGAAGUCGGCUCUGUAGGCAUGAAUGAGUGGGCGGCGGUGUCCACAAUCCAGACCAACACCAGGAAGUACUUACGACAAGGUGAGACGCAGAGACUUCUGGCGGAGUCAGCCACCAAGAUGGGCAAGAUUGAGGUUAUGAAACGACGACAAGAACGAGGCGACGCGCACAACAGGGAACCCAGCUGGUCACAUCAACAGAGGGACCUGCCGCCUGCACCACCUAUCGCGGCUGUGCAUUCAGGGGCGGUGGAACUUCCAGCAGAGGAUGCAACACCAUUCACCCCGACACAACAUCCGAGGACGCCUGGAAAUCCGCCAUAUCCAAGCGACGCGUACGCCUCGUCGCAGGACAAAUUUGUCAUGGUACCAGGAGAGACGAAUUCGCCGCGAGCUUCUGCGGAGAUGCCAUAUCGUGGUGGACGGGAUGAGAAGUUUGUCUAUCAACCCCCAGCCCCGCCGCCGCCGCAGCAUCCGAGUUAUAAUCCAUCAGAGCCGCCGCCACGACCGCCCAAGACACCGAUCAAUGAACCCAGUAUGCCUGCAAGACAGCGCACGUCGCCGAUGAAUACUGGCAGGCCGAAUGCGGCACCCAGACCGCCGUAUCCGGUGGACCAUGACGAUGGACCGCCACCGAUUGUGAGUAAGUUGCGGAAGCCGGAGUAUACGCCAAGAUGAGGUCGGGCAAGCACGGCGAUACCGAAAAUAAACACUACUGGAGCAUUGAGCCUGUCGUCAGGUCGAGAUCUUGCGUGUCCAUGGUCUCGAUUCUUGUGGUUAUGUGGACCAGGUACCUUACUCUACCUACGUAAGGGAACUGGAGACGCGAGAUGCUAUACACAUACGGCGACCAUGAAUUUACGAGUUACGAGUCUACUUUAUGCCAAACGCAACAUCACAGCAAAGUACAGCAUCACACAGAUACCCCGGAAUGACUGCUUUGGAAAUGAGGUGAAUGAGUUUCUUUCAGGGUCACAGGAAUGGGAACGGCAGAGUAAUGCAAUGACACGGCAGGAUGAUUGUACUUACAUCUUGGGUAGUACUUAUGUGUGUAAUAGUACCUUUUUAUGUAUGCUUAGGAUUCUACUUCUCUGUUGAUAUCAGAGGAAAUAUACCUACUUGCAUGCGUAGUAUA